GGAAGGGGGAAGAGGAGGCAGCUACUGCUACGUUGUUGUUGUUGUGUCAUGAUAUUUUUGUCACCAAAGUGACGUUACUCCUCUCAUCUAUUUACCUGUUUAGUUCUGACUGUGGUUAUCAAAUUAUUUGAAGAAUAUGGCAGCCGCAGCCGACCCGAACGAUAAAAAUGCAGAGCGACGGAAAAGAGUAUUUUUGGGCUCACUCCCGCCAGACUUCUUACGAGUUGCCGCACCAGCAGGUAACCAGCAACAAGAGGCUGCUGACCAACAGGCGGCACUUGCUCUUCACCAGCAACAGCUAGCAGCCAUGGGGGGGAUCCAGCCCACACAUCAGAUGGGACGUCUAAAUAUUACAAUCGCACAAGCAAAGCUGGCGAAAAACUAUGGGUUGGCUCGGAUGGACCCUUAUGUGAGACUGAGAAUAGGACACUUCGUACUUGAAACACACACGGACCCAAAUGGAGGGAAAAAUCCCCGAUGGAACAAAAUUGUUCAAUGCCCUCUACCCCCAGGUAUCAAUAGCAUUGUUUUGGAAAUAUUUGAUGAAUGUUCUUUUACAAUGGAUGAGUUAAUAGCUUGGGCUGAGAUCCCCAUUACGGAGGCUGUAUUGUGUGGUGAAACACAUGAAGAUUGGUAUCCCUUAAGUGGCAAGCAAGGAGAAGGGAUGGAAGGAAUGAUAAAUCUUGUGUUAAGCUACGCAACUGCACCCAUAGCUGCACCUUAUGCCAUGCCAGGGGCCUCUCCCAUGAUGAUGGUACCCACCCCUGCAGGAUACGGAACAAGAGCCUUCCAGGCUGUCCCGGUGUAUACCCAAGCACCUGCGCCGGUGCCUGUAGAGCCACCUCAGCUGUCAGAGGAUGACCUCAAGCAGAUUAGUGAAAUGUUUCCAAAUAUGGACAAAGAAGUCAUCAAAUCUGUUGCUGAAGCAAAUCAGAAUAACAAAACUGCUAUUGUCAACUCACUUCUUCAAAUGGCUGAAUAACUUUGUAGAGGUCAUGAAGAAAAAGUCCAGGUUCUACAUUUUACUCUCUUCCCCCUUAUCAUUGCUUAUUUAAAGGUUAAACUUGAGAAAGGGCUGCUCUUUCUCAAGGAGUAAAUUUAAAUCUCAUGCAACGGUAGUCGACUGAUGUUUAAUCAUAAACUUGGGUGCCAUUUUUGCUGUAUUUGCUCCUACUGUGCUUGUUAUCCUUCCACAUUUAACUUUCUAUGUUGUGAUAUACUUGGAAGUAUUGUUAUUUAACAAAUUUAUACCCCUACUCGAGCCAUAGGGCACAUUUAUUUAUGAUGCAUUUAGCUGUGUUUUGUGAUAUUCAUUCCCUUUAUGUCUGCAGAGUUACUUUAUCUGGUACUUUCCAUCUGCCAAUAUGUAAGGGACAAUUAAUACUGUAGAAAAGAGUUUAAAGUUAAUCAAUAAAAGCUUUAAUGAAUCAA